AUGGCAGCAUUACGAGCUGUGUUACGGCGCGCCGCGCUCCCCAGAGCGACAGCUAUACAGGUCCGUCCAUUCUCGGCGGCUGCCCUCCUGCGCGCCCGCGUGAGCAAUGCGCCGCCUCUCGACCCUCUGCCCCAGGGCGAGAGGGGCGUCGGCGAGCUCGAGGGCGCCGAGUUCAAGAUCGAGCCCAUGCGACGGGUUGGCGAGGACGAGAAGACGAUGCGCGCACGGCUGGUGUACCAGUCCCGUAAGCGCGGAACCCUCGAGUCCGACCUCCUGCUGUCCACCUUUGCCGACAAGUACCUGCCGCAGAUGAGCAAGGAGCAGAUGGCGCAGUACGACCUGUUCCUCGACGAGAACGAUUGGGAUAUCUACUACUGGGCAACGCAGGAGACGCCCUCGCCCGACGCGGCAGCCUCGGAAUCGUCGACGCCCGCCCCCCAGAGCAGCAGCAGCAGCACAGCCGGCACCUGGCAGCCGACAUCGCCCUUCGCGAGCCCGAAGGAGGGGGCUGCCGCCGGAAACGCGAACCCCGUGGCCGCAGCCGCCGCCUCGUCCGAGGAGCCCUACCGCAAGCCCGGCGAGGGCGAGUGGGCCCAGACCGUCGGCACCUUCAAGCCGGCGUACCGCCCCGUGCCGGCGCGCUGGCGCGACAGCGAGGUCCUGCGCCUGCUGCGCGAGCACGUCAAGCGCCGCAGCAAGGGCGGUGAGGAGGGCGGCGGCAUGGGCUUCAUGCCGAACCUGCGGACUGGAGAGUAG